AUGUCUUCAAUAGUCGCACCAGGGCCCAUCUCGCCCCUAUCUCCCUCUCCCAAGCCCCAUCCGCACAUCCUCCAUCCGCCAACCCCACCACACUCCUCCCCUUCAUCCCCAUCCUCGACCCACUUCUCCUCAUCAGCGAUCUUCGAGCGGGACAUCGAGCCCCUCUCCCUGUCCACCCUCCCCGCACCGAGGGACCACACUCUGGCCGCCUUCGUCCCCUCAGUACUGGACGAAGCGAUCGAGGCCCUUACAGCGAGCGAGACGGACGGUGACGUAGAGGUAGAGCUUGCAGGUUGUCAGGGUGAAGAAGAGGGUUUUAGGAGAUCUCCUAGCCCACCAGGUAUCCCAGCUGCGUCGAGCCUCGCUGCUGCUGCUGCUACCCGACCGGCCUUCAUCCCCGGAACGUUCACCGCCCAGGCCGUAGGCGGUCUGUCGACCCCGCCCUCCCCCCGCUCACCGGGCAAAGCACUCGACCUGCUCCCCUCCCUCGUCCCGCCCCCUACCAGCCCCCCGUCAACCCUGCCCACAGCGCGCACUCCCGCCCACUCAUCCCCCAGCAAACGCCUCUCCUUCGUCUCCUACUCCGACCUUCUCCUCUCCGCGCCCCUCACAUCCGUCCCCCUCUCUCAGGUCACCUCCCCCUCCUCCCCGCCACCGCAUCUCUCUGCUCUCGCAGCUGCCAGCCCGCAGGAACGCGGCUGGAGCAGGGAACAAAGUGCGUAUGGGGACGAAGGCGGGGAGUGGGAACGGGUCGGUAUGGGCAAGGGGCUGGAAGAGAGGCUGGAAGAGGUGCUCAAGCGCGGUGAGGGGGUGAGCAAGGCUUGACCUCCGCCCUCGGCGAAUUCCAAUAGCUGUCCGGCUGGAUCGCCGCAUGGACAUAUAUUCCUCUUACUUGGGCUGGAGUCGUCUUUCCUAUCUCUACAUUUCUAACCUCACCUGCUUUAGCAGUCUAAUCCCUCUUAUGCCUCUAUCUUCCCUUUGCAUUAUCAUUCCGCCCCAGGCCAACCCCGGCAAGAGCAGGCAAUCAGUGCCUGCCUUCCUUCCCCUGUUUCUCUCAAUCAGUCUUAGUUUCUCAUCCUGCUGCUUCAUUUCCCGUCUUAGCGCG